UUUCAACCAUGAAACAAUCUCUGGUGAAUUUAGUAUUCUUUCUUGUGGUCGCUCAUGCAGCUGUCCAAGCAAAUGCCCGAAUUAUUGGCGGCUCAGCCAUCAAAAUUCGUUCGAUUCCGUACCAGGUUGCAGUCCUGGAAUACGGCGUUCAAAUGUGUGGAGGCGCAUUGAUAGCUUCCCAAUGGGUUCUAACGGCAAAUCACUGUUUCGAGGAGCGAUCUGUGUUUCGUUACACGGUAUAUUCCGGAUCAUCGGAUUCCACAGUGGGAGGAGUUCGUUCCUAUCUUAAAGAAAUUUACCCGCAUCCUUCGUUUGACUACAAAGAGGCUAGAUAUGAUUUUGCCCUGCUGGAGCUGAAAAAACCGCUUAAAUUCGGCCCCUCGACUCAACCGGCAGUUCUUCCAAAGACCGGUGAAUCCGUUGAAGUGGGAACCACCCUCUUGGCCACCGGAUGGGGACUUACCAAGAAUGACGAAGAACCAAGAAACCUUCUUAGAUCGGUAGAGCUGGAAGUGGUCGAUCGCAACGAAUGCGCUCGAUUGCUGGAAUCAGAACUGCACGAUGAGGUUUUCUGUGGUUACAAGGCCGGAGGAAGGGAUACUUGUCAAGCCGACUCCGGUGGACCGAUUUCGGCCAACGGGAAGGUGAUCGGAAUAGUUUCCUGGGGUCUGGGGUGUGGCGCUGAGAAUAAGCCUGGAGUUUAUGGCAAUGUUGCCGAGGUGCGCGGCUGGAUUGCCGAGAUUUCGGGAGUAAAUGAGUGAUUUGUUAAGUUUUCGUUUAGGUAAGAUUAGAAAGAGUGUUAUUUGAAAAAUUAUUACUAGUUAUUAAAAUAAUUGACUUUUGACAAAAAUACUUGUGCCAUGUUACAAUAAAAGUUCACAUUUACUCAUGUAAACGAUACUUAAAUUUUUUGCAAAAAAUCAUGGAUGAGUUUUGAACCAAAACGAGCUUUUGAGACCCCCGGGUUUGAGAAAUUCAAAAAUUACCCCAAAACGACUACGUCUAAUGUGACAAGUCAUAAUUAUAGGAAUGUCAAAAAUCAUACACAUGCAAUCAGCCUCGAAAACUGCUAUAAUUCGUGUUUGUCGUCUGAAUUCAUAAAAAUUGUCGAAAUUUGUCAUUGAAAUCUGUUCGUCAUGACAAUGAUAGAACAGAAUUUCAGCUAUACAGAUUACUAAGCCUGAGCAGAGAAUACA